AUGGGCUCAGAGCGGCAGGAGAUGCGUAAGAGACAGAUGCAGGUUCAUCAGGAAGCCGCUACCAGUGUCCUCCAAGUCCGCCACAGAAUGGGGAACACCCCCACUAACGCCUCCAACGCCUGCUGCUUCUGCUGGUGCUGCUGCUGCAGCUGCUCCUGUCUAACUGUGAGAAGUGAAGAUGAGACAAUCCAGGGGUCUGAGAGAAGACCAGACACAACAAACAACUGUGAGGAAAGCCCCAAGCCCACUCUGGAAGAAGCCCGCUCUUGGUCUGUGUCGUUUGAGAAGCUGAUGAAAAGUGCGUCUGGCCGCUGCUGCUUCAGGCAAUAUUUGAGGACAGAGUUUAGCGAGGAGAACAUGAUGUUCUGGCUCGCCUGCGAGGAGCUAAAAAAGGAGACCAAUAAAACUGUGGUUGAAGAGAAAGUUCGGCAAAUAUAUGAGGACUUUAUCUCAAUACUAUCUCCAAAAGAGGUCAGCCUGGAUUCGCACGUUCGAGAUGUGAUCAACCGUAACAUGCUGGAGCCCACAUCACAUACGUUUGACGACGCACAGCAGCAGAUCUACACACUGAUGCAGAGGGACUCUUACCCACGCUUCACCAACUCCACAGAGUACAUGGACCUCCUCGAGAGUCUGGAGAAGGCCCCGGAGCCGUAG